CAGUCUAUUAUCUGUUCCAGCGCUGACUGAUGCAGGUCGGUCCAUUCAAUAGGUGUACAUGAAGGGACACUCCUAUUAUUCCGUUUCAUUGCCACUUUGGUCUUUUGUUUUGCUGGGUGUCAAUGUCUCCGGGUCCCUUGAGCAGGUUAUACAGAGGAUUAGCAAUCCGUGCAAAAUCCUUGAUGUAUUGUCUGUAAUAACUUAACAGUCCUAACAUUGCUCUUAAUUCACCAAUAGUACCUGGCUGUUUGGUUUUCAAAGCUGUGACUGCAGCAGUAUCAGCUGGAUCUAUCCUGCUUCCCUCAGCUGAAACAAUCCUGCCAAGGUACUGUACUUCUGCUUUAAAUAGGUCACACUUCCUUGGUUUUAAUUUGAUUCCAUGCUCCCUCAGUCAUCACAAUACCUUCCUGACAUCCUCAACAUGAUCCUCAAAUGGUCUGCUGAACACCAGGACAUCAUCAAGGACAGAGUAUGGAAACUGCACCUUCUCACAGAAUCCUGCGACCCCUCCUGCUCGGUGCUUUUAUACUGGGAUUUUCUGUGAUUCUGUUUUUUAUGUAUUUUAAACCAACUAUAAGCUGGUUACCAGGUCCUGUAAUGUCAACAGUAUUCAGAAAACCUGGCCUGAACCUCUUCUCCACCAAGAGUGAUAGAAAUGUUACCAUUGUGCUGAUCUGGAGCUGGCCCUUUGGACAAGUGUACGACCUGAGCAUUUGCAGCUCAGUCUUCAACAUUGAUGGCUGUUUCAUCACAGCAGACAGGAACCUCUACAGUAAGGCAGAUGGGGUCAUCAUUCACCACCGAGACAUCAGCACUGACCUGUCCAAUCUCCCACGGCUCCAGCGACCAUCAUUCCAGAAGUGGAUAUGGAUGAAUGCAGAGUCGCCAUCAGACUCAUCCCAGCUCCCUGGAUUAGACAACCUGUUCAAUCUGACUGUCAAUUAUCGUCAGGAUGCUGACAUUACAGUGCCUUAUGGGUACAUUAUACCAGCAGAGGGUGAGGAGGAUUUUAUCCCACCAGAGAAAAACAGGCUGGUCUGCUGGAUUGUGAGCAACUGGAACCAGAACCACAUGCGGGUGAAAUAUUACAAUGAGCUGAAAAAACACGUGGAGAGUCACACAUAUGGACGAGCCUUUGGGAAGCCCAUAUCUGACCAAGACUUUUUACCCACCAUUACCAGCUGCAAGUUCUAUCUCUCGUUUGAGAACUCCAUCCACAAGGACUACAUUACUGAGAAACUGUACAACCCGCUGUCAGUGGGGACAGUGCCAGUGGUUCUUGGCCCACCCAGACAGAAUUAUGAGAACUUUAUCCAGGGAGACGCCUUCAUUCAUGUGGAGGACUUCACCUCACCCAAAGAGCUGGCUGAUUACCUGCUGCUCCUGGACAAGGAUGAGAAAAUGUACCUCAGAUACUUUGAGUGGCGGCAGCACUUCAAAGUAAAGCAGAGCUAUUUUGGGGCUGAGCACACGUGUCUGUCCUGUGAUUACUUGCGUAGGCACAAGGAGUACAAGGUAUUCAAUAACCUUAACAAGUGGUACUGGGGUGGCUAGUGCUUUUUAGGGUUGUGUGGUUCUUGUUACGCUAUUGAAGAAACUGUUGUAAGAUGUUUGUUCUUCAGUUAACGCAAAGGUUCAUUGCUGAUCUGUCUAGAGCAGCUGAAUAGUAAUUUUCUGUUGGUUUAGUGGCCCAAUGAGAUGUCUCACUUGUCGUUCUGUUUUUUUUUAAUUUUAGUUGCUGUGAAAUUUUAAGUCUUAUUUUGGCUUCUUUUAUUGUUUAUGUUUCGGCUUAUCAGAUAACACUGAUGAUACAAGGUUUUCUUUUAAGUAUCUCCUGUUCAUUCUGCUCCUCAGGGCACAU